AUGAAGUACCCUCCACCCCGACAUGAUCAGCCGAUACUAAACUCGAACCAAAGUGUUCGCGACCCAGCAUCUCUCAGCACGUAUCUCUCUCUCUCGGCCAAGUCCUCCACACCCCUUCUCACUCUCUUCACGGCGGGUUAUUGCCCGACGUGCCGCCAUGUCCUUCCCCUGGUGAAACAGCUUGUUUCCUCGGGCGUCGGUGACGAUGCAACCACCAAUGGCGUCAACUUUGCCGAGGUCGAGUUUGAUGCGCCGGACAACAUGGAGCUAGGGCAGCGCUACAUGAUCACCAGCCUGCCCACGCUUCUGGGCUUCGAUGGACGACGGGAAGAGGUGGUGGCGCGGCUGGUGGAUGGGCGCAAGCUGGCGGACAAGCAGUUCCUGGAAGAGUGGAUCUGGGAGCUGGCCAAACGAGGAGGCGGAGGUGGUGGUGGAGGAAGCAGCGGUGAGAAGGGUUUGUUUGGGGGGCUGUUUGGGAGCUGGAAGUCGUAA